AUGCCAUCGUUCCUCAAUGACCACAACUCGCCAAUUCACUUCCAGAACGCCGGAGUCGUCCACCUGAACGGCCCCAGCCACUACGAGGAGGGAAUCCCAAACAUCGACGUCAAGGUCAAUGGACACGUCCCACACUCGGUCAACUCGCACGUCUCAAAUGAUAGUUUCGACGGCAGCUCCUCCCAUUCCACGCACACCUCCGAGUCGUCGGACGCCUACCACAUGAACGGCAACGACACCCGGACCUCGACUAUGAGCACAACCAAUGGCCACAAUGGAGCCAUUGAAGGGGAGGAUCACGACUGGAAGACAAAUGGCUUCGUCCGUGGGGAUGCCCCCCAGAAGCCCCUGUCCAACCGUGCCCCCAUCACCAUCUCCCCGCCAGACCGAGCCGCUCCCCCGCGACCACAAAUGCCCAAUGGCACGGCUGAUCGCACCUCAGCCCACAGCUACGCGGAGCCCCCCUCGAUAAGGACGUCAAUGGCCUCCGCAACCACCGGCUCUGUCCAGCCCUCCCCGUCAGGGUUUUCGAUGCAGCAGGGCCAAAGAGGGGACGCACCCGGUGCUGGCGGCGGCAGCAAUGGUCUCUACGCCGACGGUGGCUCCCGUGUCCGGUCCUCGAGCCCGGCAAACCAGAGGUCCAGCCUGGACCCGAACGCUCCACCACCCCAGAGGUUCUCCUCUCCUGCCCAGAUGUCGGGUAACACAAGUCUCAACUCAUCGACACCCAAUCUCCACCCAGCAAACCCAGGGCUGAAACACCGUCAUACCCUCGAGGUACCUAGGCCCGGCCAACCCCGCGGGUCUCGUGACGGGCAAGACACUGCAGUUACCAGCGGUCGCUUCUCGCCCACCAACGUCGGGCCCAGCGGUGCUAGGAGAGCCUCCAUCAACCUGGUCAGGCGCAACACCCGGUCAUUGCACAGCGACUUUCCCCGUGACGAGGCUUUCCCCGACGAGGACGCCAUGCGGUGGGCAGAGGCAUAUAGGCAGAAGAGGGCCAGCAAGAAGAAGAAGAAGGAAGAGGAGGAUGACGACCGUGUGCUGGUCGGCACCAAGGUCGACGAGAAGCACGCAAACUGGGUCACCGCCUACAACAUGCUGACGGGCAUACGAGUCGCCGUGUCCCGCACGAAUGCCAAGCUGGAUCGUCCGUUGACAGAUGCGGAUUUUGAGGCUAAGUCCAAAACAACAUUCGAUAUCACCGGAAAUGAGCUUGUCCCCUCUGCAAAGUACGACUUCAAGUUUAAGGACUACGCGCCUUGGGUCUUCCGACAUCUGCGACAGCUGUUCCACCUAGAUCCGGCCGAUUACCUCAUGUCCCUGACAGGAAAGUAUAUCCUCUCGGAGCUCGGGUCACCCGGCAAGAGUGGUAGCUUCUUCUACUUCUCCAGGGACUACAGGUUCAUCAUCAAGACAAUCCACCACGGCGAGCACAAGUUCCUUCGUAGGAUAUUGAAGGAGUACUACCAGCAUGUGACUGAGAACCCGAACACGCUGCUCUCGCAGUUCUACGGUCUCCAUCGGGUCAAGACGCCGUGGGGAAGGAAGAUCCACUUCGUCGUCAUGAACAACCUGUUCCCGCCACACCGGGAUAUCCACACCACUUUCGACCUGAAGGGAUCUACCAUUGGCAGGGACUACAGGGAGGAAGACUUGGAGAAGAACCCCCGGGCCACCUUGAAGGACCUGAACUGGCUGAGGCGUCAGAGGCACCUGGAGCUCGGCAUCCAGAAGAAGCGGCUCUUUAUGGAGCAGCUGCAGAAAGAUGUCAAGCUGAUGCAGAAGCUGCACAUAAUGGACUACUCUCUUCUGAUCGGCGUGCACGACACCCGCAAGGGCAACGAGGAGAACCUGCGGGCCCAAAACCUCCAGGUUUUCAGCCCCGGCGGCGCGCAGGGUUCCGAGGACCCUAACCAGGUGCUGAUGCGUACGCCUUCGAAGCUCGAGAAUCAGCGCCGCGCCGCCCAGAUGCGGCAGCUGAUCAAGUCGGAGCGGCCGGUGCCCAUGGGACAGAGCAUGUCUGGCAUGCCCGAUGUCCUGGAGGACUCUGUCGCCAACGCAAAGUCUGAUUCCUUGUUCUACUCGGAUGAUGGUGGCAUGCGGGCCACCCACGAGGACAACAUGCCAGGUGAAGAGAUCUAUUACUUGGGAGUGAUUGACUGCCUGACCCAUUACGGUGUAAUCAAAAAGAUCGAACACUUCUGGAAAGGACUUUCAAGCGACCGCACGCAGAUUUCCGCCUUGCCACCAGAGCAGUAUGGUGAUCGGUUCCUCAACUUCAUGUCCGGGAUAACCAUGUCUCCCGAGGAGGCACAACGGGAGGCCGAGGAGAAACAGAAUGCCGAGGCCGUGGCUGCCGCCGAGAAGUCAAAACAGCGUGUGCCAAGCUGGAACAGUGCAGGCCGCAGGUCUACGAGUAAUAACAUCCCGGCAGCCCCAACCCACGAGCCUCCUGCGCCACCGGGCCGUGGCUCUGGAGCCAUCUCACCUCAGGCAGAGGAGACGAUGCGGAGAGCAGAGCACGUUGCGUCCAAGGCGGAGAAGCAUGGCCAUACCGAGCAGGGGGUUCCGGAGCGGGUCAUCAAGACGACUGGCUCGGCCAGCGGCGGCAUCUUCCCCUCCAUAGCGGCUGCUACAGCUCCGUCCCUGAUGGCCACCAACAACCCGAUUGCGAACAACCAUGACGGAGCGAACCAGGCUAUUUUGCCAAUCGUGGAGGAGCCUAGCGACGGAUCUACCAACGGCGAGCAUGACCACAGCGCAAGCAGGGCAAAUAAUAUUACUGCAGGCCAUGACGAGCGACCAUGGACACCGGCAAGGGACGGUCAGGACCGCAACAGUUCCAGCUCCGGCAACCCGGCGCUUUCGAACAUGCGUGAGCCCUCCAGGGCACCACCAACUCCGCCUAAGACGAGUGGUAGCAUGGUAGGCAAUGGCAGCGCAUUUGGCCACGGGAAGCGACUCACCAAGCCAGAGAGCGCCGACAGCGGGAUUGGUGUUCACGAGAUGAUGGGCCGGGCGAGAAGCGGGAGCCAGGUGUCGAAAUACUCCGACAAGGCCGGCGUAAAGGGGCAGAUGAGCCGGGAAAGCUUGGAUAAGGCUCUGCCACCGCUGCCUGGCGUCAACGGGCCGGCGUAA